AUGCCCGCCGCCCGACCGUGGCGGCUGCCCGCCCUCCUCCUCCUCCUCCUCGGCUGCCGCGCCGCCGCCGGGGGCGACGGCUCCCUGCGCCCGCCGGGCCCGGGCAGGCAGGGCCCGCCGGCGGCGGCCGACGCCGUCUCCGCGACGGCCGGGAGCCCCGCGCUGCGGGGCGCCGAGCCCAACGCCUCCCGCCCGGCCGCGCUGCCCAAGGGCGGGGGGGCGGCUGGCGGGCGGCCGCGCUCGGCCUCGCCGCCCAUGUGCACGGGGCAAACGGAGAUCAAGGAGACGUUCAAGUACAUCAACACGGUGGUGUCCUGCCUCGUCUUCGUCCUGGGCAUCAUCGGCAACUCCACGCUGCUGCGGAUCAUCUACAAGAACAAGUGCAUGAGGAACGGCCCCAACAUCCUCAUCGCCAGCCUGGCCCUGGGCGACCUGCUUCACAUCAUCAUCGACAUCCCCAUCAACGUCUACAAGCUGCUUGCAGAGGACUGGCCUUUCGGUGUCGAAAUGUGCAAAUUAGUACCCUUCAUUCAAAAGGCAUCAGUGGGCAUCACAGUGUUGAGUUUGUGUGCCCUCAGUAUAGAUAGGUACCGAGCAGUUGCUUCUUGGAGUCGCAUUAAAGGAAUUGGAGUGCCGAAGUGGACUGCAGUUGAAAUUGUACUGAUCUGGGUUAUAUCGGUGAUAUUGGCUGUUCCAGAAGCUAUCGCAUUUGAUAUGAUUACGAUGGAGUACAGAGGAAAGGAUCUUAGAAUCUGCCUGCUUCACCCCACGCAGAAAACAUCCUUUAUGAUGUUUUACAAGCAAGCUAAAGACUGGUGGCUGUUUAGCUUUUACUUCUGUUUGCCACUGGCUAUCACAGCAUUUUUCUAUACUCUCAUGACCUGUGAGAUGUUACGAAAGAAAAGUGGGAUGCAGAUUGCUUUAAAUGACCACUUAAAACAGAGACGUGAGGUGGCCAAAACUGUGUUCUGUCUGGUACUUGUUUUUGCCUUGUGUUGGCUCCCACUUCACUUAAGCAGAAUAUUGAAACUCACUAUUUAUGAUCAGAAGGAUCCCAACAGAUGUGAACUUUUAAGCUUUUUUCUUGUGAUGGACUACAUUGGUAUUAACAUGGCUUCACUGAAUUCCUGCAUCAAUCCGAUAGCUCUGUAUUUGGUGAGCAAAAGAUUCCAAAACUGCUUUAAGUCAUGCUUGUGUUGCUGGUGUCAAUCCAAAGAUCUGUUGUCCCUCGAGGAAAGGCAGUCCUGUUUAAAGUUCAAAGCUAAUGAUCACGGAUAUGAUAAUUUCCGCUCCAGUAACAAGUACAGCUCUUCAUAAAACAAGCAUAAAAGGUAUAUUCUGUUACAUUAAUGCUGGUGCCUUUUUAAGUAAAAGUGGCAAUUACUUUUAAUGAGAUGGUAACAUUUAUAAAAAUCUAGUUUUGUGUUUGCACAAAAAAAGAACAUAAAAAACCAUAAUUGCCCCAAAACUGUGUCACCUUGAAAAUCACAGACACUUAGAAAAUCGUCAUUUAUGGAACACGAAGAAAAGCGUUGAAAGAACAAGUCAUUGUUAGCACUUGAAUACUUCUGAAUCAGCACUUCCAAAUGAUCCCCACUUCCUGUACAUUAAAUGAUCAUUUGUAUUCUCUAUAACAGUUGUAGGAACUGAAGUCACAGUAAUUACUAAGCAGUAUAAUAUAACGUUAAUUGGAUCAAAGCCAUUAUUAUAUAUAACUCAAUGUAUUAUCUUUUAUAAAGCAGAUUAACCACCAUCACUAUUGUGGAUUUUUUAAAAUAAAACAUGAAAUACUUUGUAAUAGAAGUUUAAAUGUAAAGAAGUAGAAUUUUUAUCAGGCGUAUUUUAGAGGUAGCUAAUGAAACUAUUAAAGGAUGCAGUCAAGUCAAAAGUUCAUUUCACUCUGAUGAUUGUUUUUACCUAUUAUUAUUAGAAGGAACCUCCCAAGGCCUCUGUAAAUACCAUUCUGUAACCACUGUGCGUGUUCAGUGCAUUUGGCAGCACCUUGGGUAUGGUACAUUCCACUGUUUCCACGUUAUUAGUGUUUAAUGACAGCGGAGGAGAGAAAACCACACCAAAAACAAAAAUUAAUAUUACUAGAACCAUAGAAACGAUGGCUAGUAUUGGAAACCAGCUAUUUUUAACUGAAAACAAAUUGAUUGUAUCCCAUGUAAACAGUGGGCAUUCAAGAGCCUGGUGGUUCUUUACUCGAGAUAAUUUUGCGACACUUUACAACUGUUUUUGCAAUCCAAAUACCGUCUUGGGCAAAAUCCUUUAGACAUAACAGGUGGAAAAAAUGUAACCAAGGAAAACAGAGGGAGAAUUUGAACUUCUAUUUUCAUUUAGAUUUAAAUCUUCAUAAAGAAAAUAAUUCACGAACUGUACUUCUAGAGAACAGUACUAUGUAGCACACUCAUCUUCAUACUGUUUUAAAAUAUGUUCUACUUCUGUAGUUCCAUAUUUAUGGGCUUAAGAAGGUGUGUGAUUAGUUUCUGCUUCUGUAAAUAGUUUAGUGAAGCGUAAUUAAUUAUAAAGUAUUAAAAUAGGGGCAGGACCCUGCAAGAAAACAGAAAGAUAAAGAUGCCUGUAGUAAACACGAUGUGUGUUGCCGGGAGCAAUGCAUGUUUUGUACAUACAUGACAGGUCAUUCUUUGGCUUUUCAUUUCCUAUUAAUUUGUUACAGAUGUCCCCAAAGACUUAUUAACAUAUUUCAUGCACUAAGGCAUGAGUUUUUCAAGAAAAAAUGUCGUAUAACAUGCUUUUAUAAAAGACGUUUUCAAUAGGCAUGGUAUUUUAUUAUAAUAAAAAUAUUUAUCAAAACUCAGGAAUUUUUUUGUUUUAAUUUCCAAAUUUCACAUGUAAGGAUUUUUACCUUUUUUCCAGUCUUGAUUAGCUUCAGAUUUUUUAAUAAAGUGCCUUAAAUAUGCUCAGGAUGAAACCAGUUUUCAUUAAAAUGUUCAGCUGAUGUUGCCUUAGGUGGGUUUCAUCUCACCUGACUUUAGGUAGCUACAGCUACCUUGCAGACAGCUAAAAACAGGAGAGGUGAACCCCAUUCCUGGUGUCGCCCCAUUAAAAGCUAGUAAGUGUAUGCUUGUAUAAUCAAGCUGAGGACCUAUGCACAUGCAUUUGAGCAUGGGCACGUGUGUGUUUGUGUGUGUGCGUAUGUGUGCAAGUGUGUAUGUUGUCUACCAUUAGGUUGCCGUUACCAUCUUUCUGCAGCACAUGCACCCAACUGCUAUAAUGCUGAACUUUUUAAAAUAUAAAUCUAUUUAAGGUUUUGUUCUUUACAUUUUUACCUUAACUUUCAUGGUAACUUUCUCACGGUAAGCCGUGAAUAUCACUUCACUUCACCCUGCCUGCAUCUAUUUCUGUGAAACGCGUUUCGUCUGUUAAGGAUGGAUAAUCAGUUAAAUCCUAAGUUUGAUACUGAUCAGUGUUAUUUUCAUCAAGUUAUAUCAUUACAAUAUUGUACAUGUAUAUUAUUGUUAUUUUUAUUUAAAAUAUAGCUGUUGUAUUGGCAAAUGUGUGACACAUUUUUCAUUUUUUCCUUGACUAAUUCUUUGUUAAGAUGAGUCCUGCUAAGUCAGACGCUUAGGUUUUGCAAAUAAAGACCAUAUAUACUGCCUGCUUUUUGGAGUUAAUAUAUAUGUAUUAGUACACUUUUUGUCUUUUUUGCAGUAUUUUUCAAAGCAGUAUUUUUACUGAAGUUCUCAUUUCCUGUAAUAAAAAUUUUCCAAACUUCUGCUCUCAUAAAGUUAAAAGAACACACAGGAGAGCUCCAGUGCCUCUGUGUUCUAGCUGGGAUUAAAUCUCUUAAUACUGAAGACAGGCGUUUUCUAAAGUCCUCAGUACAUGUCUAUUCCUCCAUGCACUGAAAUCAAUGAAUGUUCAACCAUUCAGUUCAUUUGGAGGAGAAUUAGGGCACAGCAAUAGCUCUUUAAAAAACAUAGCUGACAUUUGCUACCUUGAAUAAAAAAAGCUAAAUACUUUUUUUUUUCUUUUUUGACAAAGGAGUUGUUUAGAAAAGUUAGGAGAAGAGGGUAAAAUCAGCUUGUGGGGUAAAACAGCCAGUCUAAGGCUCUCUAAGCCUCAAAUAGGGGGUCACAGGUAGCAAAACAACAAUGUGCUUGUCCAGAGUGGUGUGACAGAGUAAGAGUCAACUGUCCCAAUGGCCUGAAGAGUUGACACAGAAUGGUUUCAGAUGAAAAAAAUAAAACACGUAAGAAACUACAUCACAUGUCUGUGUUUCGGCCUUCAGGUAGUAGUUAGAUUUUACUUCCCCAGCUGCUCUGAAUUCUGCCUGCACACAGCUGUCUCGGCGUUAAGAGAGGGCAUUUCAGACUGGGUGGGCUGAACACUGACUGGGUGGAUAUAACACUGGUACUACACCUCAGAGACUCAAAUGCAAAAUUUGGUGGUUAUGGAGCAUCUGCUGUGAGCUGUGGCAUUUCAGUGUCCCAAACAGCUCUUAAUCAGCACACAGUUGGCUUAGCAAGAGAAUGUUGUAUGUACUGAAAAAAACUUUAAAAGGAUUUUUUUUAUUGUUCUGUAUAGCUGUGUAAAAUAAUUCUCUAUUUCAUUUUCUGUGGUCACUUAAAAUAGCAACUUCUGUGGU